UGUUCUUCUUGAUAACACAACACCUGCUGCUGCGCGCCUGUCCGAAUCAAUCCCCUCUUAGCGCCGUUUUAAGUCUCUAACUUACUGGCACUGGUCUCUUCCACGUCUCAAAUUCUUCUUACCUCAUAACUUCUUUCCCUCUUCUCUUCCUUUUCCACUUCCCUCUUUAAUAAUUCAAUUCCACCCACACCCGCCCACCCACACACCUCACUCUUCACUCUUUCUUUCUUUCUUUCCUUCCUCCUUUUGACUUUCCCACGUCUCACGUCUUGAGGACACCGAAGACGCAUUCAAUAAUGGAGCCUUUGAGUAUUUCACGCUCAGAGUCCCUGAGCACGGAGGAGAUGGAUGGCCUGUCCGUUCUGGAGUCGCCCGAGCCUAGGUCUGACACACCACUGAACGACACCCACAACUCUCUGAGCACAGACACCGAGAAGGGCAUUGUCGUCGAGGCGCCAGCCAUUGGAUUUGCCGAAUCUUCCGCAACUAUGCCUGGCCAAGAGGAAGAGGAUGAUGAGGAAGUCGUCACGCCAUUCCACAAGAGGAAGCGCGCUUCGGUCAAUUACAACUUAGACGAAAAUGACUACAAGCUCGUCCGAGGAAGUCCCCAUAUCGAACCACCCGCAAAGCGCACCAAGCAGUCGCAAAAGAUCCGAGGAGUCAUCAUUGGUGUUUGGCGCGACAGUGAUCAGCCAGACGACGCCGACAAGCAUGUCAUCUACGGCUUCAUCGACAUCCACGACCGCCUUCGUACGCGCAUCUAUGGUAUGAACCGUCGUGGCGAAGAGUUGAUUGCCAAUGCGCCCACCGGUGCUGGAGGAUGUUGGGUUACGUUCGAGAGAGUUAUCUUCGACGCGCAUUUGAAGGGGCUUAAUUCGGCUGAGAUCAAGGAAUACGUCAAGAUCCGAUCGGAAAUGAAGCCAGAAACAACUGCCGAGGAGCGACAUGAAGCUGACACCAAAGCCGUGUUGAAGGCUAAAGCAUACGUUGCCGAGCACGAGGGUGCAUCGCCUGGACUCAAGCCUGUUGUACACCGCAAUUCGCUUGGCCGCACUGGGCUUCACCGUCACUCGCUCCCUCGUCAAGCCCUGCACAAGACGCCAAGCUUCCAGGCUGUCAAUGCGGCCGACAUGCAAACUCCAAAGGCUUCUCCAUUCUCUGAGUCUAAACCUUCUGGUGUUCUGCUUGGGUAUUGGGCCGACUCGGAUGAACCUCGUUUGGAAGAUAAGCAUGCCGUCUACGGCGUCCUCAGUGGAACCGACUGCUUCCGUGUCAAAGUUCAACGAGUAACUCGUGAUGGCCGAUUUGUUGAUGGUAACUUCCCUGUCGGUGCUGGUGCGCUCUGGCUCCAUUACGAUAAGGUUGUCCUCGAGCCUCAUAUUGCCCAUCUCAAUCGAUUGGAGGUCAAGGAGUACUGUCGCAUUCGUCAACGCGAGCAGGAGAACAGAGAGUCGGACAAGGAGCGCAAGACUAACGAGCUAAAGGCUGCUCAGAGAGCUCAACAAGUUGUAGCUGAGCAUGGCACUAAUGGCAUCGCUGCUGAUCAGAACGGAAGUCCUGAUUUCGAGCCUCGUCAUAGCUCCAGAUCGGAACAUCGACUCUCCGCCAGAAACCAAGCCGAAGCUGAUGCCGCCGCUGAGAAGAUGAGAAAGGAUAAGGCUGAAGCCCGUGAGCGACAAAAUGAGAAGACUCGCAAGGAGGUUGCAAUGGCCGAAGCUGUCAUUCAAGAAGCUGCUCAGAUGGAGUUGAAGCACAACUUGAAGAAGCUCAACAAGGUCUGGAUCGCCCAACAACAAGCUACGGAGCCAACUCGAGCAUCAAGCAUUUCAGGAAGCAUGGUCACCGAGAACGAAGUCCGAUAUCACAACGGCAUCAAGUACGAGCGCAAGCAAAAUGGCCCAUUCCAAGGAAAGCUUGUUAGCCAGGCGCAAAUCUUUAGCAUUGACGGGGAGGACUAUGUAGAAUACCGUGUACUCACCAAGCCAUCUUUCUUUUAGGGGGAGACGCAUACAUUUGUCUCUUAGGGAUGGAUACUAGAUUGACACUCGCUCGCGAGGGACUGUACUCUUGUACGGAUAAUUGGCGUUAUGCAUACGUUGCUUUUUUUCUACUCUGUCUUUGUACCAAAGAUUCAUCUCUCUUGCGCGUCGUUUUUACAAAUUGCAUCAUAUGCGGCAGAGGAAAAGCUCA